AUGGGUGGCCGGCACCGCUUUGAGAGGGUUAAGGAAUAUUUCAAUGCGAAAGAAGGGAAAGAAGAACCCAGCACCGCUUCAUCAACGGUCGGUGACCCACGCCCACCCAAGGAUCCCGAUAUAAUUAUAGAUCCCCAAUCACCUCCUGUUGACAAAAAACUACCUCUUGUCGGCAGCGAGCCAAAGAAAGAACCCAAACAGAAUAAGCUCCAAGAGCAGUUGUGGAACCAGGCUUAUGAUGAGCUCCGACAGAGUGAGAACAAGUACAUCGCCCAAUAUGAAGAGAUCCUUGUGUCAGAGCUCAAGAAAGACAACCCCGAUAGUGAUACAGUCUCACUCGGAAGCUCCCAUAAGGAGCGGUGGCGACAGAUGCAACGUCUCGUCCAGAUUGGCCUGUCUAAGACUGAAAAAGCAGCCAAGAUCUAUGAGAAGGUUAAUGAUGGACUGGAACUCUGUGGCACAGUGAGAGCGCUUGUUGAACCAGCCGUAUCCGCCGUUCCGCAAGCUGCAAUCCCGUGGGUAGGAGUUUGCUUCAUCCUCGAAGUCAUUUCAAACCCCGCGAAGCAACCAGGCGUCCAUCGUGCCGGGCUCCAGCAUGUUCUUUCGCGUGUCAAUUGGUACUGGAACCUUGCAGAGCUUCUCCUUGAAGACGACUUGGAGUCGAAGGACAACGAUGGAGAGACCGCGAUGACAAAACUACGACUUGAACUCCAGCCACUUGUGUUUGACUUGUACCAGAAGUUUCUGUCUUACCUGAUAGAAAGCAUCUGCUACUUUCAGAAGAACCGGGCCACUGCGUUCCUGAAGAGUGUCGUUAAUAUAGACUACUGGAGUGGCAAACUCAAAGACAUCGAGGCCUUGGGAAAAGAAUUCGAUAAGCAAUCUCAGCAGUACAAUACGACAGAGUCCCGCGAGAGACUCAAGACUCUGAUUAUUGGUGUCAAGAGCAUUGAGAAGGCUAUCGAUCGCCAGACAGAGCAGCAAAAGAAGCUGAACGAGGACGAAAGCAAUAUACAUUGUCUUCGGGCUCUCUAUACAACCAAUCCACUUUAUGACAAGGAACGGAUUGAAGAAGUAAAAGGCGGACUUUUAUCUCAUUGCUAUUCCUGGAUCUUCCUUACCGAGGGAUUCCAGACUUGGCAACAAGACCCUGAUUGCAGGCUGCUCUGGAUCAAAGGGGACCCUGGCAAAGGCAAGACAAUGCUCCUUUGCGGCAUCAUAGACCGCCUUGAUGAGAUGACACCAGGCUUGAUUCAUGCUUCUUCUAUCAAGCUACAAGGAAUCAUCAGAAUAGUGCCACUGCUGUUCUUUGGGGGAUAA